CGUAGACGGCGGCUUUGUUUACCCGGAAGUGUGUUUUCAGACGCGGAGCCGAGCGCUUUUUUGCUAACAUGUCCGCAUAUACAAACGUUAAAUCAACCAAACUCGUUUUAAAAGGUUUAAAGGACAAAAGUAAAAAGAAGAAGCACAAGGACAAGAAAAGAAAACGCGAUGGUGACGAGGACAAACCUGAUGUCAUCGGUGGCUGGUGGACAGUCCGUAACUUCGGGGACAUCAGCGGCACCGUCGCCAUAGAGAUGCACAACCGGUCGUUCGUGCACGCGCUCGACACGGGACUGUUCACCGCCGGAGCGCCGCAUGCCGGAGAUGAUGAAGGUCCUGAUCCACCAGAACAGUUCACCGCCAUCAAACUCUCAGACUCCAGAAUCGCCCUGAAGUCCGGUUACGGGAAAUACUUGGGCAUCAACUCGGACGGCGCGAUGAUCGGACGCUCGGACGCUAUCGGGUCGAGAGAGCAGUGGGAGCCGGUGUUCCAGGACGGUAAAAUGGCUCUGAUGGCGGCAAACAGCUGCUUCAUUUCGUACAGCGAGAACGGAGACAUCGUGGCCAAAAGCAAAACAGCCGGCGAGGACGAGAUGAUCAAGAUCCGCUCGUGUGCCGAGAGAGAGGUGAAGAGGAACGACGACAUCGCAGACGAGGACCGAGGGAACGUCAAGAGCUGCGAGGUCAACUACGUGAAGAAGUUCCAGAGUUUCCAGGACAGGAAGUUGAGGGUGAAUGAGGAGGACAGCGGGACGCUGAAGAAGGCCAGGACCGAGGGCAAAUUCCACGAGGCGUUACUCGACAGGAGAUCUAAGAUGAAAGCUGACCGAUACUGCAAGUGACAAAAAGGAAGUUUUCAAUCCCUUUGUUUUUGUUUAUAAUGUUUAAAUUUUUUUUUUACUUGUCAUUGUGGCCGGUGUGAUGCUUUUCUGUUGUAUAUUAAACAUUUUACCUGAGCUGC